CUGAGUUUGAACCGUUUGGCAGCUCUGAUUUACAAACAACUUGUUGCUGUUGAGCCCGGACAUGAUGAGUAGAGAAGAGGACUCUCUGGAGAAGCUGGACUCUGAGUUUGAUCACUACUUGGUUGACAUGAAACCCUUCGUGCUCAGGCUUCCAGACAAGUCAGAGCGUCAGCACUGUGCCCUCUGGAUUAAGAAGCUCUGUGAUCCCAUGGCAUCCGGCUCUGGGCUGAUGGGAAGGAAAAAUCGCAACGCAUAUGCCCGGCUUCUUCUGCACAUGCUCAGAAAAGGGGUCCUCGAAGGACCAUUUACCUACAAGCCUGAAGCAGGAAGCCUCAAAACUUUACCAACAUACAUGUCAGUGUACUAUGAUGAGCCGCUGGCGUCCAGGGCUCGAGCACAGAGCUCUGCUACGCUGCCGGACUGGGUUUCUGGUGAACUGGAUCGUGAUGACACGUGGUCUGGUCUGCUGAAGGACUCCUCUCCACCUCAUUCAAACUCAAAUAGAAGGAGAAAUCUGUUCAGCCACAAGUCUCCUACCAGACCAUUAUCUUCCAGUCCACUCAAACCCACUGCUAAAGAGGACAAGAGGGAUGACCGAGUAAGAAGACUUUCGUCUGAUGACAGUGACUUAGAAGCCCGUCUGAACAGCUGGAACCUAGGGAUUGAAAACCCCAGGUAUUUGCGCGAGAACCCUAUUCCCCUGUCUCCGAUUUACCCAAAAUCAAGCCUAAGAAAAAGUAGAACUCUUACCGAUGAGCCUCCCGUUUACAAGCCAGAUAAGGAGACUGAAAUGAGAACCAAAGUUUUGGAGGCCAAAUAUCAAGAGGAGAAGCUGAAGCUCCAGCAAAGACAUGAUGCUGAUGUUCAAAAGAUUUUGCACCGCAAGAACGGUGAGAUCGAGGAGCUGAAGAACUUGCACCGGUCGAAACAGAAAGAAGCGGAGGAAGCAGUGAGAGCACUGGAGAAAAAAGUUCAAAGUUUGCUGCGUGAGUCCCAGGUCAUCCGCCAGAGCAAAGACAAGCAGAUCGCAGAGUUGAAGAAAAUGUCGGAUCAAAGUGCCGACUCUCUGAAAAGCGAAUGGGAGAAGAAGCUGCACACUCUCGUGGCUCAAAUGGAGCAGGAGAAGUUUGAGCUGCAGAAGAAGCACACAGACAACAUCCAGGAGCUGCUGGAGGACACCAACCAGCGUCUGGCCAAGAUGGAGGCGGAAUAUGGCACCCAGGCACGAUCCACCGAACAGACAGUGCGGGAUCUGGAGGCUCGGGUAAAGCAGCUCUCGGUGGAGGUGGAGAACGGGAACCUGCUCAGGCAGAAGGUCACGCAGGAGAAAGCCGAGCUGGAGAUCCACAUUGCAGCCCUCAGUGCAGAGUUGCAGGAGGCCAACUGCAGAAAUAUGACUUUACAGAGGGAGAAGAAUCUACAGAGUGAUGAGCAUGAGGAGGUGUUGCAAAAGCUCCAGGCCAAACAUGAAGCGGACAUCAGCCACUUUCAGCAGGAGCAUGCAUUGUCUGCAGCCAAGGCGUCUGAGGUGAUCGAGGACCUGGAACAGAUGGUGGCUCGACUCAAACAGCAGCUGCGAGACAGCGAGCACCAAAGGCAAAAGCAGAUCAGGGAACUGGAAAAUAAAAAACAGCAGGAGAGAAUAGACCUGCAGCACACCAGUGAGAGAAAGGUUCAGGUUGAGCUGGAGAAGGAGCGGAAUGAAACCAGAAAAAAGAUCAUGAAGUUGGAAGAGGCGCUCAGGGAGAAAGAGGAUCAAAUAAGCCACCUAAGAGAGUCCCAGAGACAGCAGGCCCAGCAGGCAGAGAGCGCUUUGGAGAACUUUAAGAAACAGGUGGAGCUCAGCUCUGAAAAAGCCUACGCUGACAUGAAGCAGCAGAUGGAAAAAGUAGAAGCUGAUCUGUCUCGUUCUAAGUCUCUGAGAGAAAAGCAAACAAAGGAGUUUGGCCACCAACUAGAGGAACUCCAACAGAAAUAUGAGCAACAGAUUAUGGAGCUGAAACUGCAGCAUGAGCAGGAGAGGACACACCUACUUCAGCAACACAAUACUGAGAAGGACAGCCUGGUCCAGGAUCAUCAGCGGGAGAUUGCUAGUCUGGAGAAGCAGGCGCGGUCCGCCAUGGCCCAGCACCAAGCGCAGACCCAAGAAUGGAGAAAGCGGGAUGGACAGACCAUUACUGAACUGGAGUCCCAGGUGCACACACUGAGGGAGGAGCUGCUUGCGGCUCAUGCUCAGAGGAAGCAGCAGCUGUCUGAGUUGGGCCUACUGCGUGAGGAGGAGCGCCAACGCGCUGCCCAGGAACAGGAGGUGGCGUUAGGCCGUAUCCGGAGCGAGAUGGAGCGUGUCCGCCAGGAUCUGGAGAGGAGCCACACUGCUGAGAGAGAACUUGCUUUAGAGAAGGCAAACAGCAGGUUGAAGCAGUUUGAGAAGGAAUACACCCAGAAGCUUGCCAAGUCUGCACAGACAAUAGCAGAGCUACAAACAACAUUGUUCUCCAUUAAAGAAGAGAGCAAACAAACCCAGCUUGCUCUGGAGCGCCAACUACAGGAAGGACAUACACACUGGGAUGAGGAGAGAAGACAACUCAGCCGAGAUGCUGACCGUGUCAGCAAAGCUCUCCAGGAGCGGAUGGAGAGCUUGCAGAGGCAGCUGCGCACAGCAGAGAAGAAACUGAUGAGCCGGGAACUGGAGACCCAGGAACAGAUCACACGCAUUCGCCAAGAGUACGAGUUAAAGAUUAAAGGCCUGAUGCCUGCUGAGCUCAGACAGGAGCUAGAGGACACCAUCACCUCUCUCAAGUCACAGGUCAGUUUCCUUCAGAAGAAAGCGUGCGUUUUACAGGAGGACUUGGAUGCAUGCCGAAACAGGAGGUAAUGAAGGACGUGCAAUAUUCAGCAUUGAAGAUUUCACCCCCAAGCAUUUCACACAACAAUUUGAGUUAUGAACCACCACUUGCUUUCAUGUUUUCUGUCAUGUUAAAUUUUUUUACUUUUACAUGUAUUUAUCUAUCUUAUUUAUAUCCAUUUUAAAACCAAAUGAGUUCUGCUUAAUAACACAUUCUGUUUAUUUUUCUAUUGAACACUGUUUUUGCCCUUACAUCCUUUGUUUAUAUUUUGUUAAAAAACCUCAAAUUACUUUUCUCCCAUGUUUUUUUAAUACAUAAUGUGUGUUUUUUUUUUUAUGGAAUCAAGAAUAAUACCCAAUUUGCAUCUGUUUGUGCUUUUUUUUUAUCUACAUUACUCUAGUCACCAGUCCUUUAUUUGGCCCUUUGCAGUUAAACUAGUGUAAUAAGAAUGCAGGUUCAGGAAGUAUUGAGUUAAUCUUGCAGAUAAUGUUAAGAUGAUGAUGAUAAUGGUGAUGAUGAUGAUGAUGAAAAGUUGGGCUGCACGGUAGCACUAUUUUAGCAGUGCUGUCUCACAACUCCAGGAAGCAUGGGUUAUUGCCUGUUCUGUGUGUGGGUUCUUGAGCGGUUUACUCCAGGUUCUCCAGGUGCCGCACACCUGACCAAGGCAUGCUAGUAGAUUGGCUACAUUCAAUUGCCCCUAGAGUUUGUGAAUGUGUCUGUCUGUAUGUGUGCAAUAGUCUGGCAUCCCAGGUUGUUUUCUUGUCCUGCUCCCAGUAUUCCCUCAAUAGAUUCUGGAUUAACCAGAAACAAUCCCUGACCAUAAUAAAGGUGAAUAAAGGAUCAAAUAAUAAAAAUAUUUUAAGUUAUUAUAAAGUUAUUAUAUAUUAUAAAGAUGUUUUUCUCACAGUCAGAAAUUCUUCUAGGAGAAAAGGACUCCUUGGCCUACAAUAAACUCCUAGCAACAAAUGCUUUUUGGGUCCAAAGCAAACAUUUUGGGAUCCUGGUGUUGCAUUUUGCUGAUCAUUACACUUUUUGCCUGAAUAGUUAA